AGGACGGAGGCCGCGGGUGAUUGGUUGGAGGCCCCGGCACCCGCGGAACGCGACUGGGCUGCGGGGUGCCGGCGGGACUGCCUCCGGGAGGACCGAGCGCUUCCGGUGCGUGUGGUGAGCGGCGGGCCCGGGGGCGGGAGGGGGCUGGAACCCCGCGGCGGCGGCGGCGGCGGCGGUCGGAGAGCACCACACCCCUCAGCGCGGGCCUUUCCCCGUCCCUCGCCCGUCCUUCAUCGCAGCUGCCUUCCGGAUGCGCGCUGCUCUGGACCAGCCUCACCUCCAGCUCUUGACAGCUCGGCUAACUUCUAUUCAUCCUUCAAAACCCAUCUCUGGUCGUAUCUUCUUUGUUGCCUUCGUCGGUCUGUAGCCUCCGGCGCAGGAUCCGUGUUCUGUGUUUAAUCGCUGUACACACCAGACCCAACAUAAGGCUUGGCACAGAGUAGGUAGUUUGUCCUCCAACGAUAGCAAGAAACUGUCUUCAAUGGCCUCAUUGGUGGCUUAUGAUGACUCAGAGUCAGAGGCUGAGACUGAGCCUGCGGAAAGUUUUAAUGCUGCCGGCCAGGUGAAGGACACCUCUGAUGUGGUCAAACCUCGUGGGCAGGAUUUUGCAUCAGAAACCCCAGGUGUGACAGAAGGGGCAGCACUGCCCACAAAGCACGGUUCUCAUGAAGACCCAGCUGGCCAUCGUCUCCCCCUGGUUCGGCUCUGGAGAAGUGACCCAGGAUCUUGCCCCAGCCAGAGGCUACGGUGGCCCAGAACAGAGCCUGAAGCCACCUUCCCCACAGGCAAGCCUCCUCGACCUUCCCUGUGGACCAGCCACGUUCCGGCUGGCCAUGUGCCCCUGGCAGCUGCCCGCUUUAAGCAGGUGAAACUCUCCUGGGGAACUUACGACUCCCCCGACCCGUCGUCCCGUGCCCAAACCAAAUCUGAAACCCCAGGUAAAAAUGGCAACUCUCUUCAGAGGAAAAGGUGUGAGGACUGUGUCGUGCCCUACACCCCCAAAAGAUUAAGACAGUCGCAGGCAUUAAGCACAGAAACAGGCGAGAGUAAAGAUACGGAGGCACAGGGUCCCUCUGUGGGGCGUGCCCCGGCCCCUCUCUGUGUGGCCCCCAGAGUGUCCGAGUUUAUUGAGCCAUACUUGGACAGUCCGUAUCGAGAAACCACGAUUCCCAGGAAAGUGCUUUUCCACCUGAGAAGCCACAGGGGCCCCGUCAACAGCAUUCAGUGGUGUCCAGUCUUCGCCAAGAGUCACAUGCUUCUCUCAGCUUCCAUGGACAAAACCUUCAAGGUGUGGAAUGCUGUGGACUCAGGCCGCUGCCUGCAGACCUACUGCCUGCACAGUGAGGCGGUGCGGGCCGCCCGGUGGUCUCCCUGUGGCCGGCGCAUCCUCAGCGGGGGCUUCGACUUCGCCCUACACCUCACGGACCUUGAAACAGGAACCCAGCUCUUCAGCGGUCAGAGUGACUUUAGAAUCACUACUUUGAAAUUUCACCCGAAAGACCACAGCCUUUUUGUGUGUGGAGGCUUCAACCCCGAAGUCAAAGCUUGGGAUAUAAGGACCGGCAAGGUGGUGAGAAGCUACAAGGCAACCAUCCAGCAGACCUUGGACAUCCUCUUCCUCCAGGAAGGCUCUGAGUUUCUGAGCAGCACGGACGCUUCGAGCCGGGACUCUGCUGACCGCACCAUUAUUGCCUGGGAUUUCCGGAGCUCUGCCAAAAUCUCCAACCAGAUUUUCCACGAGAGAUACACCUGCCCCAGCCUCGCCUCGCAUCCGCGGGAGCCCGUGUUCCUGGCACAGACCAACGGCAACUACCUGGCCCUCUUUUCCGCCGUGUGGCCCUACCGGAUGAGCAGAAGGCGGCGCUACGAAGGGCACAAGGUACUCUGUUCCUCUGCCCCGGGUCAAAACGGAGCACCGGCCCCAGAGCCUCCUCCAGACCACAGCAGCGGUGGACUUGGGGCCCUGGAGCGCACAGACCUUCUUUCUGGGAGGAUUCUGUUUUCCGUUCCGCAGGUGCCCACGUGCCACGUGGCCUGGUGGUCCCCAAAGGCCCUGGGCCACAUCUGGCCCUGCCCCCAGUCCCCAGGGGCUGGGCAGGAAAGAUUUUCCCUGACUUGUGGGCUCAAUGGAGGCAUGUCGUGGGGGUGAGGGAGGGAGCACAGGACAGAACAGGGGAGGGGGCCUUUUCUGCAUCUGUCCCCUUUCCCCACUGAGGCCUGCCUCACUGGGGCGGAAGGGGCUGGGGACCUGGUGGCUGUUGGUGAGGCCAGGCACCGUCAGCUAUGCUGAAGCUGUUCUAGCUGCGUUCCACUAAACUCCGUGAGACCAGAUCCACGCUGGGACGCCGGCCUUCUGGCAGGAGCUCGGGCCUUGGCCUUGGGGAUGCUGGGUGCCCUGCUCCAAGCCUCAGGCCGCUCCUCCACGGAGUGGGCACGGCGCCCCCCC